CGCCGCCCUUCGCCGGGGGAGAGCCGGAGCCGCCGCCCUCGCGCGCCGGGGGAGAGCCGUCGCAGGUCGCCCUCACGCGCCAAGAAUUUUUUCUAUCGAUGUAUGGAAUCAAUUUUUCCCCAAUGUCGACGCUGGAGACAUUCAUUUGAGUUCGCCCCAAGGCCUCCGACACCCCAGGACCGGCGCUGGCUUCACGUCUCCAGCGAGACUGGGAGGAAGAGUCGCCCGCCCUCUGCUCAUCCUUCCUGGCUGCCCCCAUCACCGGCGACGGUGACUGCGGUGAUCACAGCUUGGUUCAGAAUACAUGGGAUUUGAUUUGUCAAUAUCCACAAGCACACGACCUGCACUUUUUAUCGGCAGCAUUCUCGUGCCUGACAUUCAUCACAUGACCAUUCUACUAUGUUGCAUCAAGAACAAUUGUGUCCGCACAAUACCUGCAGAAUCAAUCGAUGACAAGACAAAGUUGAAAGGAUUUAGCGAAUUUGAGAAUACAUAUUAUAAAAGACCCAAGAUAAAUGGCAGAUGUUGGUGCCAUACUUUUGAAGUGUUGAUGGAAACUAACAAGCAUUUGUGUCGUAAAGCAAUAGAAAUGUGUAAAUCACAGUCACAACAAGGUAUGGUGAUCCUGCCGGCGGAAAAGAAGUCACGGAUUGUUGACCUUACAUGGCAACCUUGUAUCAGUUUUGGCUAUACAAACUUGCCUCUCUCCUUGGGAGCCGGAAUCUCUGACUUGAACGAGGGAAGUUAGGGAGCUACAGCGUUCUCCUUGUAUAGAAAAGAUAAGGCAAGUGAGAGACCUUGUGAAAUUGAAAUUGAUCUUCUUAAAAAAGUGAAAUUAGUUUUUUUAAUGAGUCUUUUGAAAUUGAAAUUGGUAUGUGCGAAUUGAAAUUGAUUAUUUAAAAAUUGAAAUUGGUCUUUUGAAAAUUGAAAUGAGUACCCUUCAUGGAGCUAGAGAGAAGUGAAGUCAGAUUACUGUAGCUCCCUUGAUUUCACUUCAUAAGUCAAAGGAUCCAGCGGACUUUUUAUGUUGUAUGCAAUUGUGGUAGUAUGGCUCUAAUGAGUUUUCGCGAACUGCAUCUUGUGAGUGUUAUAUGUUAGAGAUAAGCCACGACUGUGUGCGCGUCGAGCCAGACCCCGGUGCGUGGCUGCGUUGAUGGUCGUGGCGAGUGUGCCGGUCAAGUUAGAUAGCUACAUGUGUGCUGGAUCGGUUGGAUCCUGGAGUGAGUCUAGGAGAAGAUCAAGUCAAAAGUUUGUUAGCUUGGCCAACCAGUACGUGCAUGUAGGAGUAGCUAAUGCAUGCGGUUAGUGGCCGUGUUGUUAGCAGGUCAUGCGUAUGUGGGUUAGUUGAGUUAGUGGCCGAUGGUGGCAGGGUCAUGCGUAUGUGGGUUAGUUGAGUUAGUGGCCGAUGGUGGCAGGGUCAUGCGUGCGUGCGCGCGGUGGCCUGCAUGGUAGCUAGCUAGGUGUGUGUGCGCACAGGGUAUAAAUACCCACUCCAUGUAAUGAUCAAGGUGCGUCGGUAUGAGCCGAGCCUAGGGCCAGAGAUGAGGUAGUCUCCGCCGGACCGUGGUGUGCGCCCGGUCGGCUGUGAGAGAGAGCUCCUCUGGAUAGGCUGCGGUUUCUUGCCGAGCCCGAGGUAUGUGCCCAGUAAAGUGAGGCCGUUCGUGCGACCGAGGCGCCGUUCGUGCGGCGGGACGUUUGUGCGCCGGAAAUACUUGUGUCCCUCUCCUUCUUCCACCUACGUUCGAGCGAGUGUGAGAUCGAGUUGGUCCGGGGUUUGUCCCAACAUUUGGUAUCAUGAGCUUGGUUGGCUUGGGCGUGGUUCGUCGUAUCGGAGGUGUGCUGGCGAUGGCGGUGUUUGUCGGCGGUUGUGCAAAGCUUCGGGCCAUGUGUCGGCCUAUGGAGGUGCGCGGCGUUGUGGAUGCCAUGACGGACGCAGAGACGGCACGCGGUUAGUCCGCGGCGAGCGUGGCGGUCCCGGAGGCGCUGCAGUGUGGCGUGGCGGCAUGGAGGUGGUGCACGGAGGCGGAGGCCGCAGCGGCGCGGUGCGACGGCAUGAAGCGGUGUCCAAGAAGGCUCGCGUUUGUGCGCGAUGGCAUCGACGGCGUAUGUCACCGGAACAUCAGGCGUGUGUCGCCGGUGGAGGAGGAGCUCAGCGUGUGUCGCCCAAGAAGAGCAUGGAGGCUGCAUCAAAUGUAGUGGAGGCCCAUGGCGACGACGAUGACGGGAGCUCCUCUGGAUAGGCUGCAGUUUCUUGCCGAGCUCGAGGUAUGUGCCCAGUAAAGUGAGGCCGUUCGUGCGGCCGAGGCGCCGUUCGUGCGGCGGGGCGUUUGUGCGCUGGAAAUACUUGUGUCCCUCUCCUUCUUCCACCUAUGUUCGAGCGAGUGUGAGAUCAAGUUGGUCCGGGGUUUGUCCCAACAUUAUAUUCAGUGCUAUUAGUAUGGCUCUACUGAAUUUUGGAAAGUGCAUCUUGUGAAUGUCGUAUUCAGCUGUAGAAUUUAAUUGAUAACACAACCAUCAAAUUUGAUGAAGAUUUUCACUUUGUGAAACCAUUGGUCAUGAUCUGUUAGUACAGUUUAUUGUUUUAACAUAUCAUUAAUAGCAUUGCCAAUACUACAUAGAGUUCCAUUUAAUGUGUGUAGUAGCAUAUCCUUUUUGGUAUAGGUUUUCAAAAUAGUGAGGUUGUGGAGAACCAUUUUGCAGAAUUCUUAAACUGAUGGUCCUGUAAAGUCAUAUGGUCAUAGACCAGUAAAUUCUGGUUAAGAGGGAUGCUACAGUGCACUCAGGCAACAAUCUGGUGGCCACACUUUCUAACGUGAUCUAAGGUACAACCUAGCAGCAAGGGUAACGUCUUCAGGCUGUAACAACUGAAUUAUGGCUUCAAUGUUCUCAGUGUAGUGGUACUUUAGAAAUAAUUGAAUUUAUCAUAUGUAUCAAUUUAUCUCUCCUGGAAUUAUGAAUCAUAUUUUAUAUGACUGAAAUGUCAGAUGAUUUAUAUCUCAAUCCAGUAUUGGACACUAUGUUGUGAA